AAACAAAACAAACAAUGUCAUGGAUGUAGAUUGGAACGACAACGACGACGACUUGGUGGCGGCUUUGGAGAUUCACGAACUGCUGGAGAGCAACGAUCAGUCUGGCUCGAAGCCCCAGGAACCUGCAAUCCAUGCAGAGGAUGAGUGCCAUGGCUUCGACAUGGCCACCGGCCACAAUUGGAUCUAUCCGAACAAUCUGCCCCUGCGCGCGUAUCAGCAAACCAUCGUCCAGUCGGCCCUCUAUAAAAACACACUGGUGGUUCUGCCGACAGGUCUGGGGAAGACCUUCAUCGCAGCCGUGGUUAUGUACAACUUUUAUCGGUGGUAUCCUCAGGGCAAGAUCAUCUUCAUGGCGCCAACGCGGCCACUCGUCGCCCAGCAGAUUGCCGCCUGCCAGAAGAUUAUGCCCUUCCCGUCUUCCGACACCGUGCAGCUGACGGGACAGCUGCCGCGUCCGAAGCGUGCUCAUCUGUGGGCCAGCAAGCGCGUCUUCUUCGCCACACCCCAGGUGGUGCACUCCGAUAUGCUGGAGACGGAGGACGGAGCUCACUUUCCAUUUGCCGCCAUCAAACUGCUGGUGGUGGAUGAGGCGCAUCGGGCCAAGGGUCGCUACGCCUUCACCCAAGUCGCCGACUGCAUGAUGGCGCACAAUCGGAACUUCCGCAUGCUAGCCUUGUCCGCUACGCCAGGACGAACAAUUGACGACGUGUCCAGUGUCUGCCAGAACCUGUACAUUGCCAAUCUUCAAGUUCGCUGGGACAACUCGAUCGAUGUCCAGCCCUACGUGCACAGGCGCAUUAUACGAACGAUUGUGGUGCCUCUCAAAGACACUUUAAAGGAGACGCGCGAGCGUUUGCUGCAGAUUAUCGAACCAUAUCUGCGCCAGCUCAUCGCCGCGGAUGUUCUGAAGGGGACCAAGGGCAACAUCAGCAAGAACAAUUUGCUGUAUGACCAGAAAACGUUCAACGAACGCUCCGCCAAGGGCCAGCGACAUCCGGAGCACAACAUCAUUGCUGGAAACUUUGGCAUGUGCAUCAGUCUGUAUCACUCCCUGGAGCUAAUGGAGCGGCACGGACUGCGUGUGUUCGUGAAUAACUUCGAUGCGGAUGAGGAGGGGCGUGAAAAGUUUGUCUUGGCCCGUGACAGAGACCUAAGAAAUUUGGUUGACCAGGUGCGUUCGGAUUUGGGUGCUAAUCCCCUAGAUUUCAACACGCAUCCUAUGGCGAAUGGUGAAGUUCCUUCGAUGCCCGCAGACCUGGAUUUUGGCCAUGCCAAAUAUGAACGGCUUCGACAGGUGCUUGUCGAGCACUUUGCGUCGAAUGCCGAUUCCCGUGCCAUUGUAUUCUGCGAGUACCGUGAGUCUGUGAUGCUGAUUCAUCGACUACUCCUCCAGCAUAGACCGCUGCUGCGUGCCCGUUGCUUUGUUGGCCAAGGAAGCACCGCGGGAGCGAGCUAUGCCCUGACACAGAAGCAGCAGAUCCAGAUCAUGGCUGAUUUUCGAAGCGGCACCAGCAACGUCCUGGUGGCCACCUCCAUUGGCGAGGAGGGCAUCGAUGUGGGCGAAGUGGAAAUGAUUGUAUGCUUCGACAUUUGCAGCUCGAAUCCGACGCGUUUCGUGCAACGCAUUGGGCGAACCGGUAGGAAGAAGAACGGUGAGGUUGUGAUGCUCGUCACCGAGGGGCGAGAGCACCAGGUCCUCAAGGAUGUGCUGGCCAACAAGGAUCAGACAAACAAGAAACUGCUCAACUCGUCCGUGGUGCGAAUGUCGCUGUAUGCACACAAUCCCCGGAUGGUGCCCUCCCAGUUUCAGCCCAAGUGCGAGGAGAAGCACAUGGAAGCAGCUGCCGUUGAGGAAAAGCCGAAACCCUCCGCAAAGACAAGGGAACCAAAGAAACGGAAGCAGCCGAAUGUAACCCUCCAUAAGUUCUUCAAGCAAAGCAGCCAUCCGUCGCAGAGCCAGGAAGGAAUUCUUCAGGGACUGCAACCCUACCAGAUGAGUGCAGCGUCCCAGCAAAUGAUCCAGGACCAAGUGCCGCAGCAUAGUGCAAGCAUUAGAAACUUCCUGCUGGACACCCAGGCCACAUCCACAUUGAGCAACAGUCAGGAGGAUGUGCAGCGCCUGCGAAAGCUCACCAGGCUACUGCAAUCGAACAAGCCGAUUGUCACUGCCUCCCAAGACCUUGUCAGUCAUCUGCAAGACAAAGAACUGCCCCGACCGCUGAAGCUGCAUCUCCUGCGGAGCAAUCCCAUCUUCGUGCAGGAAACCCAUUCAAAGAUGCUACUUCAAAACCAGAUGGACAUACCCGAGAAACGCUUGAAUGGCAGGCAGCAGCGAACCAGAAAUAACUACCAGCUGCUUUUGGAAAUAUGCGAUGGACCCGAGAAGCUGGAGGAACUUUUGCAGUCAGAGCCAUCUAUGGCAGAGAUAACCCUAAAAGAUCUGGAGAGUCCACUGGAUGAGCAGACAGAAAGAGCAUUUAGAGCCACCUGUGAUAGGAUCUUCAAGGGUCUAGAUGAGCAAGGCCUGAAUUCAGAUAAUUUCGAGCUGAAGCAGCAGCUCCUGGACAAGCUGGAGUUGCGAAAUCUGGAGGCGACUGUUCACGAGCAAUUGGGCGGCGAUGAAUUCACCUGGUCGGAAGAUGACACCUGGGAUCACAAGGAGGAAAAAGAAUGCAAUUCCAUGUAUCAAAGCCAAUGGCUUGAUUUUGCCGCCACAGAAGCUGUGCAGCAUAGAUCCACGCCUCUCAGAGUGAAGCCGGAGAGUCGACGACAGUUCGAUGACCUCCAGGAGGAAGAGGAGUGCGACUCACGAGUGGAGGCAAGCGAUCUGGGUGAUAAUUUGGGUCGAUUAAAUUGUCUGAUGAGUGAGAAGGCUCCAGGUCUGAUGACUGAACCAAUUUCAUGUGCCCCUCCAACCGAAGCGACUGAAGCGGAAGCGGAAGCUACUGCAGUAGUCACUCAAAGUCCACCGCCAGAUCUGAAUACGGUGGCAAACGUUAGGCUAGACCCAGUAGUAACUCUGGAUGAUGACUUGGAAAUCGAUUUGAAUGAUUUCCUUGAACCAAUGGCUGAGGAGGUGCAGUUGAUGAGCCAGCUGAAGCGGAAUACGCUCUUGCCAAGUGAUGCUUUGAAGGAGAACAUACCUGCUAAACUCCAAUCCUGCUCCACUCCACGUAAUGUUUCACCAGACAUCUUUGAAUACGACUCCAUGUCACCAUUCAAGCCCCAAGCCAAAAGUCUAGCCGCCAAAUUAGCGGCCAAAACCACCUCCACUGCAGCCUCAGAUAGCACUCCUUCGAGAGCAUUCAAUCUUCAGUCGCCAGAACAUCGAAAGCGGACGACUCCGCGGGGCCCAGAUAAGUCGCCCUGCAUGUUAAAUCAGUAUCUGAAUCGCGCGCAUGGGCGCGGGCGUUUGGCUAAAGCAGCCGACUCCCUGCAUAGGCAAACUUCAGUGAAGAAUGCAUCUACAUCUUGUAAUCGUACAUUGGUCAAUGAGGAGGAUUCGCCCAUCAUCCGGCGAUCAUCGAAGCGGAAGAUCGUCAUCAGUUCCGAUGAAGAGGAGCAACAGGAAACAAUCAUGCAGGUGCCGGUCACCCAAGCUGAUUAUGAUUCGGAUGAGGGCGAACAAAUUCCUGCCACCCAAAUGUCGGAAACCGCAACGCCUCCGACCAGGCCACGCCAGAAACGCCGAAAGUUUAACUCCUUCAUUAUCGAUGAAGCAGACAGAAGUGGAUCUGAUCACGACGAGGAGGCAGAGCACACCAUUGGGGCGUAUCUAAAGGAUUCUGUGAUCGUUUCCAGCGAUGAUGAGGACCACAACAACACCACCGAUCAUGCCAUAUACCUGCAGGCGAUCAGGAGCCCCGUUCAACGUCCUGGUGCCUUUAAAAUCCCCGCUCGUCGUGAAUAUCGCGAUGAGUCGCACAUCUUCUCACAGGAUGUCGAGGCGGAAGCCUCCCAGUAUAUGCCCUCUUCCUUUAUUGUUGCCGAUGACAGUUUAGCACCCGCGAAGCAUAAUGUCUCCGAGUGUCCGCUGGAGCGCGCUGAACGUAUUCUAAAAGAGCGACGUAGACAGCGUCGACUUGGCAUCGAUUUGCCACCAGCUCCUUCCAACAAGCGUCGCCGUGUGCACACAAUAGACAGUAGCGAUGAUGAUGAUGAUGUGGUCUUCUUGGCUUCAAGAUGAGUACAGUUCAGUCCAGUCAACCUCAUCAUAUUAUGCGGGCCAUACAUGUGUUCAAGUUCAAAUUAAUUGUAAGGUUAGCAAAUAGUUUACUGUACAUCAAAGACAAGAUAUUAGGGUUAAACACUUUCCCGCAAUUUUUUUAGUUUUUACUUUGUUUGAUAUUUCAUGUUUAUGUGUGUGUAUGUGCCAUUCCAUUCAAAUUGUUAGAAACUAUUUUGUACAUUAUAUUUUUGCCAUUCAAUCGAUCGUGUCAUAAAUCAAAAACAGCAAUUUAUAAAAUUGUAAGUUUGUUGUACAAUAUCAUUAAAGUUUUUAUACAAUUUGUACCCGUUA